AGCCCGGCGGGAGUCACGUGACUCGCUUCAAGAUGGCGGCCCCCAUGCUGCUCCGGCAAAGCAAACAGUUGACAUCCUUAUACAUCAGCUGUCGGUUUGGCAGCACUUCUGAAGGUCUUUCUUCAAAUCCCCGGAAAGGUGGGAUAUUUCAAUAUCUGUCCAGCCGCUUCUACGACAUUGAAACCUUUGUCGAAGUCAGCCGGAAGUUUAAAAGAUGGAAAAUGGAAAAAGGAAACAAGUAUGACGCUAAACUACACGAGCAUUAUGGCAGUGAUAUCGGAGCCGCCAUCUUUGUCCUGAAGCUGAAAGGAGCCAUUCGUUUCCAGGACCAAAUGGAUUGGCUUCGCACGAACCCUAAAGAGGAAGAAAGCAGGGAUUUUCAGGAGUAUUGUGGGAAGUCCUUGGAAGCCAUCGAUCUCAGCGGCUCCUUCGUCAGUUACAUCGGCCUGAAAAACCUCACGAACCUGAGAGGUCUGAAGCAUCUGGACCUGAGCAGAUGCCCCCUCAUCGACGACUGGUGCCUGACCCAGCUGCAUCCCUUUGCAGGCACCCUGCAAACCUUGUCUUUGGCCGGCUGUCCCCGGAUCACGGAGAAAGGGCUGCCUUGUCUUCACCACUUUGAAAGUUUGAAAAGCUUGGAUGUCACCAACCUCCCUUCUGUUUCUCAUCCUCUGCUAAUUCGGAUUCUCCUGGAAGAAAUGUUGCCCCGGUGUUAUAUUUUGGCGAUGGACGACCAGGAGAACGCGGACUCUCCCACCGAACGAGAAAAAGAGUGGAUUUUCCCGACACCCAGCAAGCUCUCCACUUGAAACGGAACGGACAAAACCGAAAUAAUUCUUUAAAGCAGUGUUUCUCAACCUUGGCCGCUGGACGUUGUGUGGACUUCAACUCCCA